AUGCCGGGCAAACGGUCAGAAGACGGGCAGACGGAAGUGGCAGCUGUGGAGGAUGGAGGUGACGAAGGCCUGGGGGGGCUCACGGUAGAGGAGCUGCAGCAGGGCCAGGAGACUGCUCUGGCCUUGGAGGACAUGAUGGCUCUGAGUGCCCAGACCCUGGUCCGCACUGAGGUGGAGGAACUGUACGAGGAAGUGCGUCCCUUGGGCCAGGGCCGCUUUGGCCGUGUCCUGCUGGUCACCCACCGUCAGAAAGGAACACCCCUGGCACUGAAGCAACUCCCCAAGACCUCUACUUCCCUCCGUAGCUUUCUGUAUGAGUUCUGUGUGGGCCUCUCACUCGGCACACAUCCGGCCAUCGUGGCCGCCUAUGGCAUUGGCAUUGAGUCAGCCGGUUCCUACAGCUUCCUGACAGAGCCUGUCCUCCAUGGGGACCUCAUCACCUUCAUCCAGCCCAAGGUGGGUCUUCCCCAGCCAGCAGCCCAGCGCUGUGCGGCCCAGCUGGCCUCGGCUCUGGAACAUAUUCAUUCCCACGGCCUAGUGUACCGGGACUUGAAGCCAGAGAACGUGCUGGUGUGUGACUCAGACUGCCAUCGCAUCAAGCUGACGGACUUUGGCCACACCAGGCCCCGAGGGACCCUGCUCCGACUCACUGGGCCACCUAUCCCCUACACUGCCCCUGAGCUGUGUGCGCCACCACCCUUCCCCGAGGGGCUGCCCAUCCAACCUGCCCUGGAUGCCUGGGCUCUGGGAGUCCUGAUCUUCUGCCUUCUUACCGGCUACUUCCCCUGGGACCAGCCCCUGGUGGAGGCGGACCCUUUCUUUGAGGACUUUCUCAUCUGGCAGGCCUCUGGCCAGCCCCAGGACAGGCCACAGCCCUGGUACGGCCUGUCACCUGUGGCAGACACUCUCCUGUGGGGACUGCUAGACCCUCACCCCAGGAAGAGGAACCCUGUGAGCUCCAUCAAGGGUUACCUAGGCCAACCCUGGAGGCAGAGGGAGGGGGAGGCUGAGGAACUGGCGAAGGGACUGAGGGAAGAUGGGUAGUGAGCUGGCCUCCAGACUGCCAAGGGGGAGCAGCAAGCAUGCCGAGACCUGCUUAGACUGUGCUGCCUGGCUGUGGCCUCCUCUCAGCUGUCAGUGUCUCCUACCUGUCCUGUGUGUAGUCUGUGUUCCUCCUCUAUGCUCUGCCCACGUGCGUGCACACACACACACACACACACACACACACACACACACACGUGCUGUUGUGUGAAGGUCGGAGGACUUUCGGGAGUCAGUUCUCUCUUUCCACCUUGGGGCCCAGCAAGCGAACUGAGGUCUUCUCAGUCUUCAAGCACCUUACUUUACCUACGGGAGUCACCUUGCCAUCUCUGGUCUUAAAUCUGGACCCUCCUACCUCAGAAUCCUGAGUCCCGGGAUAACAAGCAUGCACCGUGCUCAGCUCUCCUGCGUGGCUGCGCCCCAUCCCACCCACCUCAGGUAGCCUCCCCCACAAACCCCAGAUAAGACGGUCACCAGCCCCCCCUGGACUUCACGAUCCCAGGCCCCUCCUCUACUAUGUGUUCCUGGUGCCCACUGUACCUCUUCUGAUCGUCCACCCUCCCAGAUGGGGUGGGUGGGUCUUGGCUUCCGAAGAACGGCCAUACGCCCUCAGAGUAGUGCCGGGCCUGCAGCAAGCAGUCAAGUAAGCAAACACAUUUGUUCACCAGAGCUUUCCACGGGGGUCCCUCCCACUCUCCACCACUGUCUGCCCGGCUCUGAUGUCCCAUCUUCCCUUGUGGGGCUUCACGCCACUCGAAUCUACUCCAGCUUUUUUCUCCCACCCACCUGCAUGGCGGGACACUCCCCCUACUCCCAGCUCGCCGUGUGAGAUACUUUAUGUAUUCUUGCCUCAGCUGCCCUCUGCAAAUAAAGU